ACACGUGAAGGCCAAUUUCAAUAAAAUUUUAUCUAGAUAACAAAAGUCAAGAGGUUGUCUCCUGCUUAGAUUUGGAUUAUAAAGAGUUCAACUUUAAUGAGAUAGGGGUUCUCCAUCUAUAAAAAGGGCUCAAGAUCCAAAUAUAUGGAGGACACAAGUUAUUAUGCAUUAUAAAUGCUUUUUCUCUUUUGUUGUUUCCAAUGUCUUGGCUGACUUAGCUAUGGAAGGGCCAAUCAAAGCCAAUCCAGCGAGCUUCUCUUUUUUCGGUGUCCAGAUCUCGUCUCUCCACAGUAAAUAGAUGCUUUGUCUUCCACGAUCGGCGCCCUCAUCGUAGUCUCCAUAUCACCAGACUGGAUUUCAGGCAUCAACACCAAUAUUAGUAGAAAUAGAGAAGUGUGAAAGCAUUAUAAGUAAUUUGGAUUGGUGGCUAGUGCUGUAAAUGGCCGGCGGACGGUCUUCUGUCUUCAUCUCAUGUAGCAUUACUAGUAAAGAGUUUUUUUUUUGAGUAUUUUUCUGAGACCCAUUCUAACACCUGGACCAACAUGCCCUACAAACACAAGCUGACACGGUGCAUUGUUUGGACCACCAAGUUCACUGGCCCAGCCUGCAAGGCUACUUAGGUUUCAUCACCACCAAUUUCCACCACAUUUAAUGUGGAACAGUAUAUGUAUAUAUCCGAGCAACCUGAACUCCCACAUAUCCAUGAAACUCUAGUUUGGGUUAGAAGAAGUUCCGUGCUUCGGUUCUUCCUCCAAGUGCUCACCUAAAGAAGAACAUGGCAGCAUACAUUUCCAUCUCUCCUCUGGCAAUGUCUCCACCAGUCGUAAGGCCAAAGCCUAACAUGCUUGCCAUGGUAAAGUUCGCCAUCUCCUGCCAUCUACCUAGGGUUGGUGGGCUAAGACUUGGACAAAAGAUUCAGUAUGGUGGUGCGAGACUACAGUCUCCACUCCCAAGAUGUUCCAAGACUCGUCCAAUUUCAUGCUCCAUGGCUAAAUCCGAAAUCCUGCAAAUUGUUCAAAGCACCGUUGCCAACCAACUGUCGAUUGAUGAGAGCACGGUGACACCCCAAACAAAGUUUGCCGAUUUGGGUGCUGAUUCUCUCGACACGGUGGAGAUUAUGAUGGCAUUGGAGGAGAGGUUUCAAGUAUCCAUAGGAGAAGGUGGAGCUGAAAACAUUGCAACCGUUCAAGAUGCCGCCGAGCUGAUCGAAAAAGUGAAAGCAGAAGGUGCCUAACGGCACAGCCAGAUAUGGCAAAUAUCUUUCUUUUUUGGAAUGCGGAGAGCAAUGAUCAUGAAACAAGAAAAAUAAUUUUCAUAAGCUGUAGUUUCCUGCCAAUUUUCUGGUGGUGGUUCGUCCAGUUUUACCAGGAUAAAGCAUCCGUGUGGUUCAUCAGUUUUGGUUUUUCCUCCAUGAUCUCUACAUCAUCAUGAAAGAAGAAAAAUAAAUUUUAGACGUUUCAUGUUAA